ACGGGGCACCACAGGGCAAGGCAGAAGGCAUUUCGUAGCCCUGCAGCCUUGUCUCCUUCGCCUGCUUUCUGAAGAGCUCGUCGUCAGCUAGGGAAAGAGCGGGCGCCUUCCGGGGGACACGUCGCUUCUCGCUUCCUCAGCGGGCCGAGGAAAAAGGAUGGAGGCGGCUUGGCGCCACGGUGGCCGCGGGAGAGGAAGGGGGAGGACUGGCCCCAGCCCCGCUGCGAACGGACCCGGUGGCCGGGGAAGGGCAAGAGGAGGGGGAGGCGCUCUGGGCUCCGGUAGCGUCCCGGGAGCCAACGAAUUAGCAUCUCAGAAAAAAUUUGAUGAAAUCAAGAGGGCUAAUCAAGCAGCUGCUAAAAAGCUUGUUGAAGACCAGUUCAGUUCCUCAUCUGAAGAUGAUGACGACGAUGAUGUCGAAGGAAAACAUGGGAAAAUAUUGGCCAAAACAUUUACAACUUACACAAAUCAAACCGAUGGUGACCUGCGUGAAUUGGAGCGCACGAGGCAAUACUUGAACGAGGCUUUUCAGUCUGGAGCGAUGACGUGCUUGAUCUGUAUCGCUUCAGUUAAGAGAAACCAAGCGGUUUGGAGUUGUUCUGGGUGUUUCUGCAUAUUUCACGUGCCAUGCAUCCAGAAGUGGGCAAAGGAUAGCCUUUUCCUAGUAUCUUCUCCCUUGACAGAUGAUGAUUUUGGGAAGAAGGAAUAUCCCUGGCCAUGUCCAAAAUGCAGGUUUGAGUACAAGCGCUCAGAUAUUCCCACUAGAUAUUACUGCUACUGUGCAAAGGUGGAGGAUCCACCACUGGACCCUUGGCUGGUUCCACACUCUUGCGGCCAAGUGUGUGAGAGAGAUUUCAGGCCGCCCUGUGGACACAAGUGCCUGAUACUCUGUCACCCAGGUCCCUGUCCUCCUUGUCCCAAGAUGGUCUUAACAACCUGUUACUGUCAAAAGGCAAAGCCAGUGCCACGGAGAUGCAGUACAAAAGAAUGGUCGUGUCAGCUGCCCUGUGGUCGAAAACUGCCCUGUGGACAGCAUAGCUGUGAGAAAUCUUGCCAUCCAGGAGUCUGUGAACCCUGUCCAAGAGUGAGCAAGCAAAGUUGUGUCUGUGGAAGGCGGGUAGCAGAAAGACUUUGUGCAAGCCCUUUGUGGCAGUGUGAUCAGGUUUGCCGCAAAACUUUACCUUGCGGUUAUCAUGCUUGUGAGCAGGUUUGUCACGCUGGCCCCUGUGGGGAGUGUCCUCGAUCCGGCAAAAGGUUCUGUCCCUGUGGAAAAUCAAAAUUUUCUCUGCCAUGUACGGAGGAUGUACCUACCUGUGGAGACAGUUGUGACAAAGUUCUUGAAUGUGGGAUCCAUAGAUGUUCCCAGCGCUGCCAUCGAGGCCCCUGUGAAAUCUGUAGACAGGAAGUUGAAAAGCAGUGCCGCUGCGGAAAGCAUUCAAAACAGAUGCCCUGCCAUAGACCAUACCUUUGUGAGUCAAAAUGUGCAAAAAUUCGUGACUGUCAAAAACAUCAGUGCAAGAGAAAGUGCUGCCCUGGAAACUGUCCACCGUGUGAUCAGGUCUGUGCGAGAACAUUAGGAUGCCGUAAUCACAAGUGCCCUUCGGUCUGCCACAGAGGAAGCUGCUAUCCGUGUCCCGAGACUGUAGAUGUGAAGUGCAGCUGCGGCAAAACAGUCGUCAAGGUACCCUGUGGUAGAGAACGUACCACCAAACCUCCCAGGUGUAAAGAACUUUGCAGGCAGCCGCCAACCUGCCAUCACCCCAGCCGAGAGAAGCACAGUUGCCAUUUUGGCCCCUGCCCUCCUUGCCGUCAGCCUUGCAAGAAAUCCUUAGAGAAGUGCCGCCACUUGUGUCCAGCCGCUUGCCACGAUGAAGCGCUCGUGAAGCAAUCUGGCCAGCACCAGCCUGCAGGCCCGUGGGAACAGUCAUCUGAGCCUGCUUUUAUUCAGACCGCAUUGCCUUGCCCCCCCUGCCAGGUUCCAAUUCCAACGCAAUGCUUGGGAAAACACGAGGUGAGUCCGUUGCCAUGUCACGCUGUGGCACCCUACUCUUGCUCAAGGUUUUGUGGGAGGCUGCUUGAGUGUGGGAAUCACACCUGCAUGAAAGAAUGUCAUGAAGUUACUGAAACGGAUGGCGGCGGUGAUGUUCAAAAGGCAGGUCAAGAAUGCUCUCAGUGUGAAGAAGAAUGUUCCAAGCCACGGCCACCUGGAUGUCCUCACUCAUGCCCUCUGCCGUGCCACCCCGGAGAAUGCCCAACGUGUGCCCAAAUGAUCCGGAUGAAGUGUCACUGCAAACUCACAAGCCUGUACAUUGAGUGCAUAAAAAUCACUUCCGCUGACUUAAAAGAAAAGGAUGUUCUCAGCUCCUGCAAAAACCAGUGUCCAAAAGAGUUGUCCUGUGGGCACAGGUGCAAAGAGAUCUGCCACCCAGGUGACUGCCUUCAGAACUGCAAUCAGAAGGUAAAGAUCAGAUGUCCUUGCAAGAGAAUAAAAAAGGAGCUGCCAUGCAAUAAGGUUCAGGAAGGCUACACUUCAUUAGAAUGUGACACGGUGUGUAAGGAAAUGAAACGGAAAGCAUCUGAGAUAAAAGAGGCAGAGGCUAGAGCUGUCAUUGAAGAGGAGAAACGAAGGCAACAGGCUGAACUGGAGGCUUUUGAGAAUAGGCUAAGAGGACGUCGAAAGAACAAGAGGAAAAAGGAUGAAGUCGAAGUGGAACCAUCUCUGUGGCAAAAAUAUAGGAAAACGAUCGUGCUGCCUGUAUGUGGAGUGGCUGUUGUGAUGGCUGCAUGGUUCAUAGCCUACAACUGCUGAAUUUUUGAAUCCUCGUUUCUGGAUGCCUCAGUGUGAUCACAGAUAGCUGCUAAACUGUUAGGUGGAGUUAGCUGCUGAAAUGUUAGGUGGAAACAAUACUUAGCUGUGAUUUUAAUAGCAAUUGUCCGCUCAUCAUCUGGAGAGGAAAACAAAACAAAACAGACCUCAAUCUCCAUUCUUCAUGUAAAAAAAUUGAUUUAAUAUAUUCAAAGUUACUGAGGUUAUGCAAUAAAAAGUUAUGCCAUCUGGGUGAUCAUGCCAUGUCUAGUAAAAUUUCCAUAAUGUUCCAUGGAGCAAGAGCCUGUUCAGUACUGUUCCUGUCAACAUCCAUUUGUUUCAAGCCGUGUUGAAGGAUAUUUAUGCAUGUACCUGGCUUACAUGGUCAUUUUUGAUGGUGCCGAUUAUUGGUGGCUAGAAGAGGGGACCCCUGUCUCUCACCCAGCUGAUUUACACUGUCAAAGUUGGCCAUUUCUGCUGCCUGUUAGAUUCAAUAAAUGUUUUUGGUUCAAGAAGGGUCAGAGUGCAUACAACCUCUGUGCUUAAUGCAUUAUCAGUGUUUUUAAUUCUUUAUCUACAUUAAAAUAGAUUCCUGAAGCAAAAUAUGAAUCUGUUCUUGCUGCAGCUUUAUUUGAACUUUGUCAAAAUGAAAAAUUGUGUUUUCUAAUGCAGUUCUGAUACGUCAUACCCUUCAAAAUACAGGUCUAUUGAAAAUUGUGUUCCUGAAGAACUUCUGUGUUUCAAAAUUGAACUCAUGUGAAUUGUCCAUUUUAUUUUGUGGCAAUGUUUUAAAUUCUUCCUGUGGUACUGAAAAAUCCCUCGAAGUCACACUGUUUACAGCAGGGGCGUCCAACUCUGGCCCUCCAGAUGUUGAUGGGCCAUGAGUCCCAUGAUGAGAAUUGUGGUCCAUGAACAUCUGGAACAUCAGAGUUGGACACCCUUGCUUUAAAAGUUAAUGUCACUGCCUCCUGAAAAGUAGUUUUUCACAAAGAAAUACCACUUUGCUAUUCUAGGAGUAGCAAUGAGUUAUUAGGGCAAUCACACUAUAGAGUUGGUGUAUGAUUAUAGUUGAUGUGAUGACAGGUUAAUUCUUGAGGUUCAGUUUUGACGGUUAUAUAUAAACAUGUCGGAUACUAACUUUAGCUGGUGCUGUCAGGCUGUAAAGCCCAGUAGUUGCUGUUCAAUUGUCUAGCUAACCUUGCCGGUGUUUCUAUUAACAAACUGGCAGCCUUUCCUAAACCUUCCGAAAAGAAGAGUUCAAGGCAACUGCUCAAAAGUAAACUGUUUCUAUCGUUUAUUAUGUUGGAAGUCCUGUUGAACCAGAUGAGGAAGUGUGUUAAUUGGUCGUUUGAGUUUCUAGCAUUCGUCUGGCUUUCUUGCUGUACUUAAAAUGUCUUUUCUGUUUCCUUGGAAUGAUACCCACACAGGAAUUUGUUCAAUCCAAGUCUUCUUGGCAGCCGUUCCAGAAGAGAUCUGGGAGCUGCCGUAGAGUUACAGUUCGUCCAAGGUUGAUUCUUUCACACAUUGCCAAUAGUGGGGCUGAUUUUAAUUAUCAGUCCACAGUACAAAAGUAUAUUGUCAACUUAAUGUAUCUCAUCUCCAAAGUUAUUCACAAUAAUGGUAUGUUGUGCAGGGAAGUAAAAUCUGUAAAGUCAUGCCAUCAUCAACUUAUUAUAUAGUUAACAAAGGGUCACAAAUGUGUCCUCUUUUUCCAUUGCUUAUUUGAAAGAAACACACACCCUAAUAUUAGAAACAAGCGAUCCAAUUCCUGUACAUUAUUAAAACCUUUCAAAAACUGUUAACUUGCUACCCAUGUGAAUAAAUUGUCAGAUUUCACUGUUAAA